GCACUCGUAGCCGCAUUAGUAGCGUAACAGCCGAAUCUCAGCGCCAGAGAUUGGUCAGUUAAGGAAGCACCUACUGGGCAUGACAGGGGUUUGAACGCCCGGGGUACCUGGAAGGGUGGUGGCUUCCAUCCUCAUCCACCUAGCUGAAGGAAGGCACGACGAUCACCACCACCACGACUUUUCAGUUCCCUCAAUAUCUUCGGAUCGAACAUACCGAAACUUAAGCCAUCCAUCAUCCACCAACCUGGUUAUCGUCGAUAUCUUCAUCGUCUAGAUCUCCCCUCAAAAAGCCGUGUCACUUCGGACUUUGAUCUCAAUAUAUUACAUGAGAUACGUGUACCGAUCGAUAGGCGGGUAAUGUAUCAUGAAAUGCGCUUCGGAAACCAGCCUCGAUCAGAUUGGCCUGCUAUCGCCCGAUAAUAAGAAAUGAUGUUCGCGACGAGCCUCGUCAACCAUAUCGACCAUACCGACACAUGAUCAUGUCCUUUCCUAUGAGCAUAUUCACCCGAUCACUUGCGACUCUCCUGUUGUACAGAGGACAAUUCUGUAACAUUCAACAGGAUUUAACGGGCAUAUUGGGACGUUACAGGAUCUCCAUUUUCGUAAUUGUGCUAUGCUCUUCCGCCAUGCUGUAACUCCUCGAUGCCUCCUUGUCAUAUAACAUGAAAGAUUCCUGCUUUUUCCCCGACUACGAUGUAGUCCAGUAAGUUCUUGUCAGUGCCAUAUUUUCUUUCUAUGCUAUCCUUAACCCACGCAGCCACGAUGGACGACUUGAUGGUUUUGACUGAGGAGGAAGUUCGAUAUUUCCUCGCCUUACUUUCAUGGGAACCAAGUGAUGAGGACGACGAAGACAAAGAUGACGAUGACGAUGAAGAUAUUCAAGAGAUACCCCAUAUUCCGAAGCAGCCUGCAGGACAUUUCAUGUUCCUAGUUCUGGGAGCCAAAGGGUGUGGGAAAACAUCAAUACUAGAGAAGUUCUGCCACGACACAUUCGCUCAAGAAGAUGAAGAGAAUAAGUCUUUCGACUCCAACGAUCAGGAACGAGGGUAUCGUCACAGCAUGAAACUCGAGGACCAGACAUACAUAUUCAACGUCCUAGAGCUCCCCUCUCAAGACCUCUCUAACGAAGAGCGGCUCAAGGAAGCCGUGCAGAUCACAGAAGCCGCGGUUAUAGUCUACGACGUCCGAUCAAGGGCAUCGUUCGGUCUCGCUUCGGAAAUCCACAACCGCAUCAACGCCAUGGUCGACGAAGAGCGCAUGUAUGGCCUUGUCCUCCUAGGAAACAUAUCCGACCACGAAGACAAAGAAAGGGAGGUGUCCUGGGCAGAAGGUAACAAGCUGGCACAGAGUUUCGAGCUCCAAUGCACCUUUGUCGAAACGUCUGCGAAGAUGGGCGAAAAUAUCGAUAGGAUGUUCACACAACUGGGAAGGGAGGUACUGAAACUUAGAUGGCUUAACCGUCAACGAAGGGAGCAGGUCGGUCGAAUAUCGAUUGACACGCACCAAUGCUCUAUCGAGCUUUCUCCGUUGAAACGUGUAGCUAGAUGGAGGUCGUGGGCUCGACCGUGGUUCCAACGGAAGGCGGGAGAAAGGAAAACGUCUGCGCCGUAUUGAUUGUCAGAUAUUCAUUCAUUUCCCCAUGGGGAUGUCCACCGUUAAACCAAGGUUCUGACACCCUUCUCACGGGGGCAGGAUGAUAUAAUACGGAUAUACCUAUCAUUUAUAAUCCAAUUAUAUGUCUAGCCAAAGUAGCAACAAGAUCUGACAUUAUCUAUCUUAUG